AUGUUGAAUUCAGACGAGCAGUACAUAUGGAAUCCUUCACUGUCCCCCGGAGGAGAAGUGCGCAGAUAUCCGUUCAACACAUCGCUCCUGAACGAGCUCAAGCGACAACAUGCUGAUAUCUGGAGGGUGACGGCCACGGACAUUGACGUAGUCUUCACCCCUUCCAUGAUGCAAGAUGGAUCCCAGCUUCUGCAACACGACUAUGUCGUUCUACCAAUUCAGCUUCCGGAGAGGGUUGAAGAAUCCCAAACCAUCCCAGAGUUCGACGAGAAUGAGGAAGUCGAAUUUGCAAGGAAGCAUAAAUAUUUUGAUCUCAAGCUGCUUUCCCAUGACUUCCAUUCCCAGUAUCACUCCACUGCCAAUAUUACCCAUUUUAUGCGCUCUCUUACCCAUACUUUCCCGAACCACACCUCCCUCGUGCAUAUUGGCCAUUCUUUCCUUGGUCGGAAGCUCCUUGGAAUCAAGGUGGCGAAAAAAGAACCUGUACCUGUAGGAGCCAAGCCGCGCAAGGCAUUCGUUAUUAUGGGGGCUCAACAUGCUCGCGAAUGGAUUGCAACAUCAACGUCACUCUAUCUCGCACAUGCACUCGCCGUCAACGCGUCCGCACAGUCCUCCAAGGACGCUCACCAUAGCCUGUACAACUUGCUCGACAAAUUCGAGUUUCACAUCAUCCCUCUUCCAAAUCCAGAUGGAUACGAGUAUACCCGAAAGCACGAUCGACUUUGGUACAAGAACCGCCAGCUGGUGUCCGCUGGCCGUGGCAAGGCGUGCAAAGGCAUGGAUAUGAACCGCAACUGGGGAUAUGAAUGGCUUCCGGCUGAAGAGACUGACGCGGACCCAUGUGCCCACUGGUAUCCUGGUUCGAGACCAUUCGAAGCGCAUGAGGUGAACGCCCUUGCAUCUUAUCUUACCUAUCGUACCGGCGGACCGGACGCUGUCGUUGGUUUUCUUGAUCUAAGGUCGUAUGGCCAGACGCUAUCUGCGCCGUUUUCGUAUAGCUGUGAUAUAUAUCCUCGCGACGCCGAGGAUCAAAUCGAAGCGGCCUUGGGUGCAGCCCAGGCUUCGUCGAGAGUGCACGGUAUCAGCGUGGGGACCGGUCGACUUUGCGAAACACUCUACAAGGCACCUGGAAACAUUGUGGAUUGGGCAUAUGCCGCCGCAGGUAUCAAGUAUGCCUAUGCAAACCACCUCCGUGAUUCGGGAACAUAUGGAUACAUGUUACCCUCAGACUUCAUCCGGCCCACUGGCGAGGAGACGGCCGCUUUGGUUCGUUAUCUUGCUACCUUCAUCGCAAAAGACCCUAAGGCGAGCGGAUUGUCAACCUGA